GAAAAAGCGAGCGAGCCAGAAAAAGCGAGCGAGACAGAAAAAGCGAAAAAGCAAGAGCGAGAGGAAAAUCAAGAGCGAGAGGAAAAGCAAGAGCGAGAGAAAGCAUGCAAGAAAAAUGCAUCCCAGAAAAAAGCAAGAGAGAGAGAGAGAAAAUGCGAGCGAGCGGGAGAAAACGCGAGCGAGCGAAAAAUCAAGCGAGACAAAAAGUGA